GAUUCUAUCGAUGUGCAUCAUCGAUUCAUCGAGAAGUUUGAUAAAAGUCGAAUAAUGAAAGCCUAAAAUGGCGAUCAGUAGACGCUAGUAACAGCUGUUCUGACGCUAGGAAGGUAUUGGAGUGUAAAAUUUAUAUAUCUUUCUUUUUUUUAUCAUUAAUUUAAUUGAAUAUAUAUUUGAUAAACUUAAUAAUACCAAUGAUUAAUUGGAAAAAAUCAAUCUAUUACAUAUAUUCAAAGAAAUAAAUAAACGAAAAUGCUUGUCAAGAUAUAGGUUAUCGUAUUUACGUAUAGCCUGAAAAUGAUUUUUACGUUUAUAACAUUUUAUUAAAUAAAAUAAAAGAAAAAAGAAAAUUCAUUUUUUAAUAAAAAACGUGCCAAAAUGUCAAAUUCGAUUCCUCCACGAUGGCUUCAUUGUCCACGGAAAGCAAUCAAAUUAAUUCAAAAUAAGUUCCUUGCUUUCAAAACUCCAUUGUCAUCUUCAUAUGACAACCAAGUACCAGAAGAAUGUCGGUUUACAGUGGAUAUGUUAUUCGCAUCGUUAAAAAGUCAGAAAAUAAAGUUAGGUUUAUGGAUUGAUCUAACUAAUACUACAAGAUUUUACGAUAAAAAAAGCUUAGAAGCGUAUGGUUGCAAAUAUUUAAAGUUACAGUGUAGAGGUCAUGGUGAAACUCCUUCUGAAGAACAAACAAGAACAUUUGUGCAAGUUUGUAAAAAAUUUAUAUCAUAUAAUCCAUUAGAAGUUAUUGGUGUUCAUUGUACACAUGGUUUCAAUAGAACUGGCUUCCUUAUAAUUAGUUAUUUAGUAGAAACUGAUGGUACUAGUGUUGAUGCUGGUUUGGCAGAAUUUGCUAAUGCAAGACCACCAGGCAUAUAUAAAGGUGAUUAUAUUCAAGAAUUAUUUAGGCGAUAUGAUGAUAUUGAGGAUGCUCCUGAUCCUCCACCAAGACCAGCUUGGUGCUUAGAAUAUGAUGAUUCUAAUGUAGAAGAUAGAGAUGAAGGUCCAAGUACAGAUAAUGAUAAUUAUAAUCAAGAUAUAUUCAAUAAAAGAAGAAGACGUGAAUUUAAUAAUAAAAAUCCAGUAUUUAUGGCUGGUAUACCUGGAGUGAAACCUAUUUUAGAUAAUAGGAAAUUAAGUGGAAUACAAAGACGUGUUCAAGAUAUCUGUUCUUGGAAAUCAACAGGAUUUCCAGGUUCUCAGCCAGUUUCUAUGGAUGAAGAUAAUAUUAGAUUGUUGCAUGAAAAACCAUAUAGAGUGUCAUGGAAAGCAGAUGGGACCAGGUAUAUGAUGUUAAUUCAAGCGGAUGGAGAAAUUUAUUUUAUAGAUAGAGAUAAUAGUAUAUUUCAAGUUAAUGGAAUGACUUUUCCACAUCCAAGAGAUAUAUCUAGAACUCUUAAAGAUACAUUGUUAGAUGGUGAAAUGGUGAUUGACAAAGCAGAUGGUAAAGAAUAUCCAAGAUAUUUAGUUUAUGAUGUAGUGAUGUAUGAUAGCAGAGAUGUUAGUAAAUUGCGAUUUCAUCCUGACCGUUUUUGUAUCAUUGAGCGUGAAAUUAUAGGUGGCAGACAUAGAGCAAUGAAAGAAGGAAAAUUAAGAAAAGAAAUAGAACCCUUUUCAGUACGAUUAAAAUCCUUUUGGGAUGUAAUACAGGCUGCUAGUUUAUUAAGUGAAAAAUUUGCCAAACAAUUAGGUCAUGAACCUGAUGGCUUAAUAUUUCAACCUGCUAAUGAACCUUAUUGUCCAGGACUUUCACGAGAAGUUUUAAAAUGGAAACCUUUAUCACAUAAUUCUGUUGAUUUUAGAUUAAAAAUAGUAACAGAAUCUGGGGAAGGAAUUCUUCCACAGAAAGUUGGACAACUCUAUGUAGGUGGUAUAAAAGAACCAUUUGACAGAAUGAAAGUUACUAAACAGAUAAAAGAUUUAAAUAAUGCAAUUAUAGAAUGUAAAUUUGAAAAUGGCAAAUGGGUGUUUAUGCGUGAAAGAACUGAUAAAUCAUUUCCUAAUUCAUUCAGUACAGCUCAAUCAGUAUGUAAAAGUAUUAUAAAACCUAUAACAACUGAACGACUUUUAGAUUAUAUAAAUAGGCAUCGAUUUUUACAAGAUGAUUCUGAUCUUAUGCCACCACCGAAUAAAAAGCAUAGGACUGUUCUCUUAUGGUAUACAAAAGAAUUGACAAUAAAAGAAAAAAGAUCGCUUCGUGUUAAUGUUGAAUUUGAUCAUGCCACAUUAGUACGUUGGUCUCCUGAUGGUAAAGCUUUUCUUAUACAUAAGGCUGUGGCAAAUACUAUUGAAGUUUAUAAAAUUUCCAAAAAAUCAGAUGGUACUUUAGCUUCUGCAGCUAAAGCUCUAGAAUUUUCAAAGCGACAUACUGAAGAUGUAGUUGGCAUGGAUAUUGCAUGUACAGGAAAAUAUAUUAUUACAUGCAGUAAAUUAAAUGAUCUUAUAGUAUGGGAUCUUAAAGGACAGAUUCUUACAACUAUAGAAUUACAUCUUGGAUCAACAUAUAGAGCUCGAAUAUCACCUUGUGGACGUUUCAUUGGCACAUCUGGAUUUACUCCUGAUGUAAAUAUAUGGGAAGUAAUAUUUAGUAAAUCAGGAGAAUUUAAACAAGUAGCAAAGGCAUUUGAUCUUGCUGGUCAUUCAUCUGGAAUACUUGAUUUUACAUUUAGUGCUGAUAGCAGUAGUAUGGCAACUGUAUCAAAAGAUGGAACUUAUCGUUUAUAUGAUACAAAAAUUGAAUUUGAAAAAGGAGAAGAUCCUCAUGUACUUCAAACUGUACAAUGGGAAAAUACAACAAUAGCUAAUAUUAUGCUCUCUCCUAACACUGAAGUUUUGGUGAUAUCUCAUGGAUCUUCAUUAAGUUUUUAUUCUACAAUUACUGGUUUGUUAGAUACUACAAUAGAAGAUAUUUUUUUAGGACCUAUUACAUGCCUAGCUUUUGAUACUGUAGGAGAAUAUAUCUUAGUUGCUGGAGAUAGACAUAUAAAGGUUUUUCGCAACGUUACUGGUUAUCGAGUGGCAAUCGAAUCUGCCAAACGCAAACUUAUGCAAAAGCAAACUUCGGCUACAAAAGAACGUUUAGAAAAACUCAUUGAAGAUAAUAGAAAAUUUCUUCAAAUAAUGGGAGAAAAGUGUCCUUAAUGAAAUAAUUAUAAAGUUUUUUUGAAGGCCAAUAAUUUUAAAAUUGCAUUUAAAAAAGAUUGUUUGUAACAUAAUUUUUUAAUGUAUUUGAAUAAAAAGAUUCAUACGCGCGAAUUCAUUUGUUUAUAAUAAAUUGAAAAUUUUUGAUAAAUUUAAA